UUUCCCGGGGAACGAGCCUUCCUUCCUUCCAAAGCCUCAGCAGCUGCUGCUUUUCGGGGCGCGCGCGUGCUGGAGUGCCAUUAUUUUUUUUCCCCUCUUCCCUUCAUUUUUUUCUCUCCUUCGGAGCUUGGUAGAGGAGGAAGAGAAAAAAAAAGGUCUUUCUAGUAGAGGAAGGCAGGGUUAGCAGCGCCUUUUUUCCCUUGGGAAGGGGCUGAGAAGGAGCUUUUCCUUUGUGUUUGGCUAUUUUGGUUGGCUUUUUAGUCUCUCUGUGUGUAUGCUAAUUUCAUUGAGCUGGCACUAAGGAUGCAUUCAAUGCAGUAGUAGGUGUUGCUCAAUUUUUUUAAAAAGGGGUGUUGGCUUCUUCAUUUUCAGCCCUUGAAGGUGAUCUGGCAGUUUUUAAUUUUUUGGGGGCGGUUCUAAAUUUAAUUUAAUUUCUUUUCGUGGGCAGAAUCGGAUCUGCAGCUGUUUAGAGGCGGGCGAGGGAGCUUCUGGUGCAUCCGAUGCAUUUUUAAGCAGCUGGAUCCCUGACUUUGGUUGGCCAGGAUGGCCAACGAUGGCUUUGGUGGCCGUCUUUGGGGCUUAGGAGCCUCUUGAUUUCCUCUUUUUGCAAGCAGAGAGCAGUUUCAAGCGCAGGGAGAGAAAGACUGGAGGGGAUUCCUUUUUAGCUCGUAGUCCCUGCUGCUUUGGAGAUCCCAAUCCUUAUUAUUUCCCCCCCAAAUAACCCAGCCUCAGCACUCUCUUUGAGCUCCCUGCUUCCAGAGAGGAAGAUUUGCUUGGGUGAAGCUGUAGUCGUUUCCUUAUUGAUUUUUGGGGCUAUUUUUUUGGAUCUGGGGGAAAAUGGAGGCUGUGAUAGAGAAGGAAUGUAGUGCGCUUGGAGGACUCUUCCAGACCACCAUCAGUGACAUGAAGGGAAGCUAUCCAGUUUGGGAAGAUUUCAUCAACAAAGCAGGAAAACUGCAGUCUCAGCUUAGGACGACGGUAGUAGCAGCAGCUGCCUUCUUGGAUGCCUUUCAGAAAGUGGCUGACAUGGCGACCAACACACGUGGUGCCACCAGAGAAAUUGGUUCUGCUCUGACCCGAAUGUGCAUGCGGCACAGAAGCAUAGAGUCCAAGCUCAGGCAGUUUUCAAGUGCUUUAAUUGACUGUCUGAUAAACCCACUUCAAGAGCAGAUGGAAGAGUGGAAAAAAGUGGCCAACCAGCUGGACAAAGACCAUGCAAAAGAAUACAAGAAAGCCCGCCAAGAGAUAAAAAAGAAAUCCUCAGAUACACUGAAACUGCAAAAGAAAGCAAAGAAAGCUGAGGCGCUGGGUAGAGGAGACAUCCAGCCCCAACUGGACAGUGCGUUACAGGAUGUGAAUGAUAAAUACCUUCUCCUUGAAGAAACAGAGAAGCAGGCCGUUAGAAAAGCCCUGAUUGAAGAACGUGGCCGAUUCUGCUCAUUCAUCUCCAUGCUACGGCCUGUGAUUGAAGAAGAAAUAUCAAUGCUGGGAGAAAUAACUCAUCUGCAGACCAUAUCAGAAGACCUGAAAAGCCUCACCAUGGACCCACACAAGCUGCCACCAUCAAGUGAACAGGUAAUUCUAGAUUUGAAAGGUUCUGAUUAUGGCUGGUCCUAUCAGACUCCUCCGUCUUCUCCAAGUACCACCAUGUCCAGGAAAUCCAGUGUCUGCAGCAGUCUGAACAGUGUUAACAGUAGUGACUCCCGGUCAAGCGGCUCGCACUCUCACUCACCCAGUUCACACUAUCGCUACCGCAGCUCCAAUCUGCCUCAGCAGGCGCCCAUGAGGCUCUCCAGCGUGUCCUCGCACGACUCCGGAUUCAUGUCCCAGGAUGCGUUUCAGUCCAAGUCGCCAUCACCCAUGCCGCCAGAAGCGCCAAGCCAGCAGAAUUCGUCCAGCUCGGCCUCCUCCGAAGCCUCUGAAACGUGCCAGUCAGUGAGCGAGUGCAGUUCCCCCACCUCUGUCAGCUCAGGCUCCACCAUGGGCGCUUGGGCCUCCACAGAGAAGUUGUCUAAUGGGUAUUAUCACUGUAGUUUGUCCAGUGGCCCACCCUUAGCCUCAGUUGGUGCAGGUCCUCCCCCUCAUGUCCCGUCUGUUUCUCACGCAUGGACCCGGGCUGCCUCCUCCUCCACCCUCCUUCCAGACUACGCUCAUUAUUACACCAUUGGGCCAGGCAUGUUACCAUCAUCUAAGAUCCCUAGCUGGAAGGAUUGGGCUAAGCCAGGUCCUUAUGACCAGCCCAUGGUAAACACUUUGCAACGCCGCAAGGAAAAACGAGAAGGGGAUUCUGCUGGGGGAGCACAGAGUGGGCCGCCUCUGUCUGCAGAAGAAGCCCAAAGACCCCGGAGCAUGACUGUGUCAACCGCCCCAAGGCAAGGAGAGGAGAUGGAGGCGUGUGAAGAGCUGGCUCUCGCUUUAACCCGUGGGCUGCAGCUCGACACCCAGAGGAGCAGCCGUGAUUCCUUGCAGUGCUCCAGUGGCUACAGCACCCAGACAACCACACCUUGCUGUUCAGAGGACACCAUUCCCUCACAAGUUUCAGAUUACGACUACUUUUCCGUCAGUGGUGACCAGGAGCCAGAACAGCAAGAGUUUGACAAGUCUUCAACGAUUCCAAGGAACAGUGACAUCAGCCAGUCGUACCGCCGCAUGUUUCAUGCCAAGCGCCCUGCUUCUACUGCAGGCCUCCCGACCACGCUGGGGCCCGUGAUGGUGACCCCAGGCGUAGCCACCAUCCGACGGACCCCUUCCACUAAACCGGCCGUCAGACGUGGGACUAUCGGGGCAGGGCCAAUCCCCAUUAAGACCCCUGUGAUUCCGGUCAAGACACCAACUGUUCCAGACAUGCCAGGAGGACUACCCAGCUUGCCGGCUGGAGCAGAAGAAAGCCCUGAGCUUUCUAGUCCUGAGGCAGGAAGCAGCAGCAGCAGUGGCCAAGCAGUUGUGGGCACAUCCUCAACAUGGAGCAGUCAAGCGUCUGUCAACCCUCCCGGUGUGAGCCCAAAGCCAAAUGUCACAGAGGAGCUGAGACAGACCACUACUGAAAGUGAGGGAGAGGAAAAUGAAAGGGGGAGCCCAGGCCUCACUGCUCCCCCUUGCCAGCCAGCCCCGCAGUUGGGAGCCCAAAAUGCCAGUGAGGCCCCGCAAGGUGAGGAUAUGCUGAAUGCGAUUCGCCGCGGUGUCAAGCUGAAGAAGACUACCACGAACGACCGGUCAGCACCUCGCAUUUCUUAGAGGCUGGACCACUGCCAGUUACCAUCUUCACAGAGACUCGAACUACCUGAUGAAAACGUCUUUUGUCUCUCUAUUCAUUCCACUGUACAAUCAAGGUUUUGUAGAAUGCUCAGUAACAGAUAGAUGGAGACGUUCUAUAAAGUGGAGGGAGGGAGGGAGGGAGGGAAUUUGCAAACUAAAAUCAUUAAGGAGCAAUGUUUUCCCAUCUCCUAAGUUUCUCCUCCUUCCCCAUUUUUUUUUGUAAAUAUGAAUUUCUUUUUCUUGCCUGCUUUUAUAAAAAAAAAUCAGCGUUCCCCUUUUAAUUUUUUUUCUGAAUGUGCCAAAUCCCAUUUAACCUUUUUAUAUAUCUCUUUGUAAAAGUUUUACAUUGCAUAGGAGAAAGAUUACAGUAAGCGUGAAGUAGCUUAAACUUCAGCAAGAGGCGAGGGAAGUUGCCAUGCAUUCUCACCCUUGCGGGGUUGUAAUAAAUCCCUUGCAAUAGUGAGGAUCUCGAAACCAGUCGUUACUUUACUGUACAAAGGACAAAGCGAGACAUAGGUCCUCCGUGAAGUUCAGCGAUAAAUUGUUUUUGUUUCAAAAGCAGGAAACAGCAGCUGAUUGGCUAAAGCAAUAUAUAUAGUGGAAGAGAGAGCAAAGCCUGUAACUGGUUAGUGUUUAGGGGGUUAGGAAAAUGGGAGGACUUAACUGUUGCACAAAAGUAGCCUAGCAGUAGCUUCAUGGUAAACGCGUCCAGAUAAGCCAUAUUGUAUUGCAGUGUUUGUUUAAAUAGGGUGUUUAAAAGAUUUUGGGGUGCUGUCCACUAGGAACUUCUCCUGCAAUGGUCCCCAUUGGGUAGUACAAGAUUUCUUGCCCAGGAAAAGCCACUGUGGACUGCUCCCUGGUUUUCUUUUUUUACUUUAAAUAUUUUUCCCUUUUCUUCAGAAUAUCAAAAGCAACAUCUUCAGUUAGCUCACCCCAUCUUAUAGACUUAAAAAGAGAUUUUCUUGCUUCACUUUUUGUUCCUUUAGGAAAAUGACAAUAUACAUUUACAAGUGAAGACAGAAAUGUGUUUGUUGUUGAGAGAGAGAGAGAAAGAAAGAAAGAAAUACCAGGGAGUUCUUCAUUAUAACUUUAUACCUUCUACUGGCUGCGCCCAGCAGGCUGGGCAGCUAAAGAAACAAACAGGAAAAGCCCCAAAUAGUUUUGAGGAAACAACUCAUAAAGCUGUUGGGCAACUAGCUGGGAGUCCCAGUCAAACUACAAACAUUUCUUUUCAAGGGGCCUGUUUUUCUUAAGUGGCAUUUUGGAUUGGCUUUUCCUAAACACUUCAAGAUUAUGGGGACAUGGGUGGGAUGGGAUGAUACUUUUUGAUUUUAUUUAUCAGAGGGAGGGGAUUGACCACUGCAUUCUUUUUUAUUGUUCUCAGCAACGUAUUUUGGGGGGGAAAGCUGUUAAUACAUUUAUAGGUGGGGGUUUUGUUUUCUUAAAAUGAAAAAAAUAUUGCUGUGAUAUAUCCACUUCACAGGAGGUCGGUCGAAACGUGCAUAACUCAGGCACCACAGGCGUUCCAGUUUUGUGAUUUUUUAGAACAUUCUGCAAUCUUAAACGGAUACCUUCUGCCUUAUCUCUACUAUGGGCAAUGCAAGCGGUAUUACAGACAACAGACCUGUUGUGUGUUUGCAGUUGCGAAGGCGCAACCUGCAGUGGAAGGAGCUAGGUCUUGUGUAUGCGCACAAUCUACUCUUCCAUGGACACUCUGGAGACUCUUUUUGGCUGCCAUCUUGCCUACAUAACCUCUUUAUUGCUUUAAAUACAUAACUGCAUUGGAUGUGAAACGUAUCGUAAAACUGUUAUAGUCACUGUGUUCUAUAUACAUUUACACUGCUGUGGUUGCUUAACACUUUUUUAUGUUAUGGCUUCAGAAGCAAAACAAAAAAGCAUGAUCCCUAAAAGAUAAGCUCCCCUUUCUUUAAAAAACAAGCUCCUUACUACAAAACAUACACAGACACACAUAAACACAAACAGCGGUGCCUGCGAUACAAAAGCCCUAUCGAUCUUGAUGAAAUAGCGGAUGCGUUCUGCAAAUGAUGCUUCAAGAGAUUUUCAUUCAACAAAUUCUUUUUUAAAAAUUGAACAAAGCUCAAUUUGUUGGGCUCUUCUGUAACUCCCAUUUACUUCACUGGGGCUUGGGCAGGAGGCAUUCCUAAUGAAUUGCAUCCAAAACUCAUGUUUAGGAAACCUUUUGGAUGCAGCUGUACCCAGAAGGGGCAGUUUCUUUAGUUCUUUAAGCACUAGAAUUACCCUCAAGUUAAAAUUUUUAUUACACGGUUGCCAAAAUUCAAUGUUAAAACGUGACAAACCACUUUGGAUAUUUCUGUUGGGUCUAUUUUUUUUCCUUUGUGUUCCUUGCCUAUUGUAAAAGCAGUGUCACCGUUUAAAAAUGUUUCUAAUGGUAAGUUAUUGUGGUUUAGUUGCUAGUUUGUAAUGAGAGUUGACCUCUCUCCCAUGCAGCGUUUUUGUUCUGAACUGCUAUAAAUAAAAAUUGCUGUUAACUGUGUUGCCCUUCUACAUUGUAAUGAUUGCUUCAGCCUAUAUUAUAAAUAAAGACCUGCUGAUAAA